UUGGGUGUAGUUGAGUGUGUUAACCACAAACUCAUUGAGCCCUUCCAGGUGCUAUAUGAGAGACCAGGUGAAUUGGUAGCACAAUUCAAGUUCACAGUACUCUUACUGCCAAGUGGUACUCAUCGCAUAACUGGUUUGCCGUUUGACAAGAACCAGUGUAAGACUGAAAGAACCAUUAAGGACCCAGAACUUAAUGCCCUUCUGAAUUCAUCUGCGAAAUCAAAUAAAAAGAAGAAAAAGAAGGCUGGUGCAGAGGAAGCAAUGGAAGUUGAAACAGCUGCCUAG